AUGGAGAGAAAUGAGUUUUAUAAAAAAUAUCAAGAAUAUUACGGUUAUGAUAUAAAUGAUAUACCUAGUAUGGUUAAAUGUAAAAAGAUAGAAUUAUAUGAUUUGUAUUCAAGUGUGUUAAAUCAUGGUGGGUAUUCAUGUGUUAGUAGAAAUGCUAAAUGGCUAAAAAUAGCAAAAGAAUUUGGAUUAAUAAAUAAAGAAAAAAAUAUAAAAUUAAUUGAAACAAAAGAAAUUAAAGAAUAUUAUUUAAAUUAUCUUAGAGAGUUUGAAAGAAUUCAUGAUAAUAUUAAAAAAGGGAAAAUUGUAACUAAAAAAUAUAGAAAUUGUUCGAGAAUAAAUAGCUUAGAAAUAAAAGAUAAAAAAAAAUUAAAAAAUAAUAAAAACAAAAAUAAAAAUAUGAAAGACGAGAAUGAAUUAAAUAUUUCGUAUCCUAAUUUUUAUUUCAAUUCUCCUAAUGAUACGACUCAAAGAAAUAAUUUGAUAAAUGAAGAUAAUAAUGUAAAUAUGGGUAAUAAUAUAAAUAAUUUAAAUACAACAAAUAAUAUGAAUAAUAUUAAUUAUCCAAAUUAUAUGAAUAAUUAUCAUAUAAAUGCUAAUAAUAGUAGCAAUAAUAAUAAAAAUAAUAAUAAAAAUAGUGAUAAUAAUAGUUUGGUUAACUUUACUAAUACUAAUAAUAAUAACUUAAAUAAUAUGAAUAUUAUGUUUAAUAACUUUAAUAAUUAUGUGAAUAAUAUUCAUUAUAUGAAUAAUUUUACAAAUAGUAAUUAUAUUAAUAAUAGCCAUAUGAAUAAUAAUAGUUAUAUAUAUAAUUAUUGCAUUAAUAACAAUAUUAAUAAUAAUAUGCCAAUUAACUUCAGUAUAAACAAUAUGGUUAAUAACCUUAACAAUUGUUCAAAUACUAAUUAUUUGAAUAUUAAUUACGUGAAUAAUAAUUAUUUAAAUAAUAACAAUUUGAAUGAUAAUAAUGUUAAUAAUGGCUGUUUAAAUAGUCAUUUGAAUAGUAAUUAUACUAAAAAUAUAAGUGAUGUAGACAAAAUUAAAGAGAAAAAAUGUAUAGAUAUAUACAGGUUGUUGCUGGCUAUGCAUAAAAGAAAAGAAAAAAUUGCUGAUUUCAUAUUUUGUUUAAAUAUACUUUAUUCUGUAUCAACUAUGAGAAAUAUGGUAUCAUUAAAACAAUUUAAUAUUAUUAUUUGCUUACUUUUACAUACCUUGGAAGAUAUCUUUAAAGUUUUUUAUGAAGAAUUUAAUAUAAAAAAAAGAUCAAUAAAUAUAAUGAUAGAGUCAUUCUCCAAUUAUUUAAUAAAUAAUAAAAAAAAUCAAAUUAUUAAAAAUUUUAUAUAUUUUAAUAGUAAACACAUUAAUGGAUAUUAUGAAAAUUUAUCUAAAUGUAAUGAAAUAAAUAGUCAAAAUAUAAAGAAAGAUAAUGAUAAAGAAAAUAAUUUAACGGAAUACGAAAAAACACAAGUUGUAAAAAAUGAAUAUGAUAUAGAAGAUUUAAACAAAAAUGAAAAUAGUAAUAAUUGCAAAAAUAGCACAAAAAUAAUGAAUGUUUUAUUAAAUAAAGAAAUAAAUGUAAAAGAUAUAAUGGAUUUAUAUUUAUCAUAUUAUGACUACUGUAAAAAUAAAAAAAAAAAAAUUAGCAAGGUAAAAAAUAUGAAAAAAAUAAAAAAAAAAGAGAAAACAGAAAUAAAUGAAGAAAUAAGAACUUCUGAUUAUGAUGAUACAUUUUAUUUUUCUAAUUCUAGUUAUUCUAGUAGUAUUUACAGUUCUGAUAUAGAUAACAUAAUUCAAAAAAAAAAGAACAAAAAAUAUAUUUUAAAUUUUUAUAAAAAUAAGAAAGAUGAAGAUGAAUUUCUAACAAAGAAAAGUUGUGUUGAAUUUAUAUAUCUUAUUUUAUAUAUAAUAAAUAAUUUAUUUCUUAUUAAUAAAUACAAUUUGUAUUAUUCAAAUAUAAAAAUAUAUUAUAAGAAAGAGAGAAAAAAAAAACGAAAUUAUAAAAGUUUGAAAAAAACUAGCUCUUAUGAGUCCUUUUUAAAGAACAAUGAUGAUUUUUUAAAAGAAUUAAAUUAUUCAUCUUAUGGUCACUUAAAAAGGAAAAGAAAGUUUGAUAAUGAAAGUAUAUCUAAAUCAGAAGAAAGUUCAGAUGAAAAUUGUUCACAAGAUUUUUCUCAAAAUAUAUCCUCUGCAUCAUCAUCAAUAUGUAGUAUGUAUAGCUAUAAAAGUGGGAAGUCGAACAAAUUAACUUUGAAUAGAGGAAUAACUAGAUCAUAUGCGAAGAUCUUAAAUAAUAAAAAAAAAAUUACUAGAAAAAAUGAAGAAUUAAAUAAAAUGAAUUUUAACGAAGUCUCUAAUGAGAAAGUUCAUAGGAUUCCUAAAUCUUAUAAUACAAAUGAAAAACAAGAUUCAUUUCUAAUUACGUUUUAUCAAGAUGAUAUGGAUAAAAGAAAAAAUACAGCAUCUAAUAAAUUUUAUGAAAAUAAUGAAUUAUUUAAUUGUAGUGACAAUAUAAAAGAAAAAAAUAAAUAUAAAAAUAUUUCUAAAAUAAACAAUGUAAAGUUAAAUAGAAGUAAUAGCAGUAACUGUUUUUUUAAAGAUACAACUUAUAAUAUUGUUGAUGAUAAUUUUAAUCAAAAUGUGAACUAUUUUAUGCAUAAGAAUGUGAACUCUAAUAAUUUAAAUGAAUAUAUGAAUAAUUUCAAAAAUAAUAAUAGUAAUAAUUAUUUGAGAUCUUAUUCACAUUUCCCUAAUAUAUUCAAUAGCAAUAAUGCAUUCAUUAAUAAUUUUAAUAUGCACAAUAAUUUAUGUAAUUCAUACAACGACUAUAUAAAUUUAAAAAAUAACAGCAAUAAUAGUAAUAUAAUUUCUAACAGGUAUAAUGAAUACAAUAAUCUAACAGUACCUGCAAGGAUAAAAUAUAAUCAAGAUAUAGUCAAUAAUGAAAAUAAAAAUGUAAAUGAAAAUGAAUUUUCUAAUGAAAAAAAUAAUAAAAAUUAUAAUAUUGGAAAUCAAAAAGAUAAUAAUAUUGAUAAUCAAAUAAGGGAAGUUACUAAUAAAACUGAUAAAUUAAUUAAUAUUAAAUACGAAAAUAUAACAAACAAUGAUAAAAAUAAUAUCACAGAAGAAUCAAUAGGUAGAGAAUUAAAUACUGGGGAAAGUAUUUAUAAAGAUUAUCAAAAUAAUUAUAACAACAAAGAUGGAAAAAAUAAUUCUAAUAAAGAGAAUAACGUUUGCGAUAAUAAUGAAAAAAAAAAUAAAAAUACUGAAAUAAAUAACAACUAUAAUAAAAAUAAUAUUAAUAAUAAAGUUGAUUCUAUUAAGAAUAAUAUAAAUAGUAGUAUUAAUAAUAAUAAUAUUUUAAUUGAUAAUAAUGAUAAUAGUAGUAUAAAAAAUAAAUGUGAUGAAAACAUUAUAAGUAACAAUAAUGAUUAUAAGAAUAUUAUAAAUAUAAAUAAUAAUAGUAGUUAUAAUGAUGAAACAAUUUUAAUUAAUAAUGAAAAUAUGAAUAUUAUAAAUAAUAAUAAUGAAAAUAACAAUAUUAAUGAUAAUAAUAAUAAUAGUAAUAUGAAUAAUGACAGUAGUAGUAGUAGUACUGCUAAUAAUAAUAUUAAUAAUAAUAGUAAUAUUAAUAAUGAUAGUGCUACUAAUAGCAAUAAUGUUGACGAUAAGGAUUAUGAUUAUGAUUGUAAUAAUAAUAAUGAUAAUAAAAAUUCUAUAAAUAUAAGUAAUAAUAAUGAGAGUAUUACAAGUAUAAAUAAUAUAAACAAUAGUUCUGAUAAUAAUAUGAAAAAUACAAAAUAUUUUAAUAAUUCUAUUUCAUUUAUAAAUAAUAUUAAUCCAUAUAAUUUAAAUUACAUUGAUUCAAAUAAUAACAAUAAUAAAAUGAAUAAUUUAGUAAAUUAUAACUGCGCAAAUGUAAAUAAUGAUAAUUUUUUAUUUAACAAUGAGAGCCCUCAAAAUAUUAGUAUGCCACACCCAUUUGACUUUAAUUUAUAUAGCAAUGGAUAUAAUUAUUAUAAUAAUUUUAAUUCAGUAGAGAAAAUGAAUAAAGGUGUAAACGGUUUAUUUUUAACAAACCCUUUAUUUGAAGUAAAUAAUAUUUCUUCUAAUAGUAAGUGUAUUAAAAAAGACAUGAAUAAAUAUUUCAUGACAAAUAACGAUUUUAAUAUUAGUAAUUUAAAUAAUUACUAUCACAAAAUAAAUGAUUGCUCACCUAUAUUUAAUAAUUAUGUCAAUAAUAUAGAUAACAUGAAUCAUGUAGAUAAUGUGUUUAUAUCAAAUGAUAAUAAUAAUCAUUAUUAUAAAUACAAUAGUGAUAAAAAUAAAAUUAAUAAUUAUGUUUGUGUUGCCAACGGUAACAAAAACACAAAAGAAAAUAAUAACAGUGAUAAUAAUAAUGAAAAUGAAGAAGAUAAUAAUAACAUCAAUAAUAAUGAUAAUAAAAAUAUUCAUUAUGGUAUAGAUUCAAAUGAUGAUAAUAACAAUAAUAAUAAUUUAGAAUAUGUUUCAAAAAGUUCUUAUGAAUCAAAUGAAGAUAAUAAUAAACAAAAGGUAAGACAAAUUUACAGAAACAUAAAAAAUAGUAUGUAUGAAGAUAUGAAAAAAAUAUUUAACCAAAAAAAAAUAAAAGAAAAUAAAUAUAAAUUAAUGCAUUAUUUUGACUUAAGUAAAUUCAUUAGUCUAUUUGAAACUAUAUUUUUAAAAAAUUUUGAAAAUAUUAUAUAUCACGAAAGAGCUGUUCAAAAUAUCUAUAUUAAUAUGUUUAUUUGUAUUGAUAUAUUAAAUAAUGAAUUAAACAAAAACAUUUCAUUAAAAUAUGUAUUUUUCCCAAUAAAUUUUUUUGAAUAUAAAAGUAAAUUUAAAUUGGUUGCACAUAUUGAUAACAAUAACAAAUUCUUAGUAAAAUCUAAAUGUUUAAAAUUAGAAGAUAGUGAAAUUAAAAAAUGUAACAUUUACGAAAAGGAAUCAAAAAAAAGCAAUAAAAAAAAUAGUUUUAAUAUAACUGAAGAUAGAAAUAUUAAUUUACCGGAGAAUCCAAGUGAUAAUAAAAGAAGCGAAAUUUGUUUUAAUAAUUUAAUAAAUUCUGCUUACACAGAAAGUAGAGUAAAUCUUAAUUAUCCAGAAAAAACAAAAAAAAAAGAAGAAACAUUAGAGUUUAAGAAUAAUUCAAGUAACUGUGUAGAAAAUGAGAACAAUAAUGAUUACAAUUUAUUAAAAAAUAAAAUUAAAGAAAAUACAAAUAAACUAACUGAUGAUGAUGAUAUUUUAAAUUGUUCUAACAAUAAUUAUUUCAGUAAAAAGACUAUGCCUACAAAAGAAUUAAAUGGAUACGAGUACAGAAAGAAAAUGAAAAGGUUAUUUUUAAGAAUCUUUCGAAAAAAUAAUAACAAAUACAAUAUUUAUAAAAAAAUUGAUUUAAAAUAUUUAAAAGAAAAUUAUAAUUAUUAUGGAAUGAUUUCUUGUAAAGAAAAGCAAAAGUAUAAAAGGAUUAUAAUAUUAGAUUUACAUGAAAUUACAAAAAAAAUUUUAUUAAAAGUAUACAAACGUGUUAAUAGUUAUUUAAAUAUAGCUAUUCUGUCAUUAAAUAUAUUAACAUAUAUAUUAUAUUUGAUACCUAAAAAAAUGUUUAUUGUAUCUUUUAUUCCAUGUAUUUUAAAUAAAAUAAUUAAUGUAAAAUGUAUAUACUCAUAUUUAAAUGUUCCUUUAUGCAUUUUAAAUUAUAAUGGCUUCCUUUUUUUAGAAACUAUGAUGAAAUUUAUUACACAAUUGACAAUAAACAAAGUUAUUCCUAUGCAUUCAUAUAUAUUGUCAUUUUUACGUAUAUGCUCUGUCCCCUUGUAUAUAUGUUUGUAUUUUGAUAUACCAUUAUCUCAUACUCUUAUUCUUACUUCAUUAUCUGCUAUAUAUCAACUAAUCACAUAUGAUGCUAACUUUUUAGCAACAGGGAUUAUUAAAAAAAAGUCAAACAAUGAACUUUCAUUAAGCUCAGAUAAAAAUAAUAAUUUAAUUAAUAAAAGAAAGAAGUUAUCAAAAGACAGUAAAGAACAAGAAAUUUACGAUCAUAUAGAUAAAGAAAAUUCAAUGGGGAAAUCAGUGAAAAACUCUGAAUUUUAUGAGGAAAGUAUUUUAAGAAAUGAAAUUCAUGAGUGUAAAAGAGAUAAUGAAAAUUUAAAUAUAAAUAAAGAUGAGAAUAAAAAUGAAAGUGGAUAUGAAUUAAGUGAGGAAAGAAAAAAAUUAUUAGAAGAAACCUUUUUGAGAACUCUUUUACUAUUUUUAAAAAAAUCCAUUUAUUUUAAAAGCAUUUUUAAUUAUGCUAAUAUAGAUGAGAAAGAAGAAAUGCUCAUAGAUAGCAAUAAAAUUCAAAUAGUUUUAAAUCAGUUUAACAUUAAUAAGCAGAAUAUAAAAAAAGAGAAAGAUGAAAUAUAUUUUUCUAAUAUAGAGAAUAAGGUAUUUUACUUACAUGACAAUUUACUUUUAUAUGCUCUAGACAAUUUGACAAUAUCAAAUCAUGCUAAAGAUAUUAAAAUGUGUAAAAAUAUAAAAAAACAAUAUGGCAAUCACAGUACUGCCGAAAAUACUUUUUCACAUGAUAUUAUAUCAUCAGAAAAUUCAGAAAUACAAAGACUAAGUAUUUAUGCUCAUUCCAUAGUGUCUAUUCUUUUGUUUUUAUCAUCUCAUCACAUUUUGUGGGAAUGUUUAGCAUCUCAUAUUCCUUUAAUUACUCAUGUGGCAUUUAUUCAAACAGAUAUAAGUCCAUCUCUUUGGGCUAUUUUAAAAGAGUAUUAUUUCCGCAAUUUUAUGAAAGAAAAAAAAAAUAGGAUAAAAUGUAAUAGAUAUUUUGACUCAAAAAUAAUAAAAGUUGAAAAAGUGAAAUAA